AUGGAUCAGCGGCCGUCGCUCUUCUCGCCGUACCAGAUGCGCCGCUUCAGCCUCGCCCACCGGGUGGUGCUGGCGCCGCUGACGCGGUGCAGGGCCAUCGGCGGCCUGCCGGGGCCGGCGUUGGCGGAGUACUACGCACAGCGCUCCACCGACGGAGGGCUGCUCAUCUCAGAGGCUACUGCCAUCUCGCCGGCCGGGGCGGGGUUUCCUCGUGUCCCUGGAAUAUACAACCAAGAGCAAAUAUAUGCAUGGAAAAAGGUGGUGGAUGCUGUUCAUGCCAAGGGAAGCAUAUUUUUCUGCCAAUUGUGGCACGUCGGCAGGGCUUCUCAUCAAGCAUAUCUGCCAGACGGCGCUGCUCCAAUAUCGUCCACUGACAAGCCGAUAUCAGCAAGCCAGAAGACACUGUUGCCUGAUGGUUCCUAUGGCACGUAUCCCGUGCCAAGGUGCCUCGCCACAUCGGAGAUACCGGAAGUAGUCGAGCAAUAUCGCCAAGCUGCCGUAAACGCCAUGGAAGCAGGCUUCGACGGUGUGGAGAUCCACGCUGCCCAUGGCUUCAUCAUCGACCAGUUCCUCAAGGACGGCGUCAACGACCGCACCGACGAGUACGGCGGGUCGCUCCCCAGCCGCUGUCGUUUCCUACUCGAGGUGACCCGGGCCACGGUGUCGGCCGUUGGACCGGACCGGGUCGCGGUCAGGGUGUCGCCCACCAUCGAUAACCUCGACGCCUACGACUCGGAUCCUGCGCGGCUCGGCAUGGCCGUCGUCGAGCGGCUGAACGCCCUCCAGGAAGAAGUUUCCAGCGGCGGUCAGCUUGCCUACCUCCACCUGUCGCGGGCAAUGCACAGCGGUGGCAACGCCGAGGAGGAGGGCCGUCUCAUGCGCGCCAUGCGGGACGCGUACCGUGGGACGUUCAUGUGCGGCGGUGGCUACACCCGGGAGCUCGGCAUGGAGACGGUGGAGCGUGGCGACGCCGACCUGGUGUCGUACGGGAGGCACUUCAUCGCAAACCCGGACCUGGUGGAGCGGUUCAAGCUCGAUGCAGGACUCAACGAGUUCGUGAGGAAGACGUUCUACACUCCGGACCCCGUCGUGGGCUACACGGACUACCCGUUCCUCGACAGCCAGCCUGAAUCGCGCAUGCAGUCGUAGUGACUAGGGUGCA